AGGUGUUUUGAAAUCGAGGCUCCAAAUAACAUCACCUUCCCCGGUUUACUUCUGGGCUUCACUCUCAUUCACAACAACUGUUGCAGUCUUAGCUAAUUGAAGAUUCAAAGGCAAAAAAACACAGUGAAAGCCACCGUCUCUGUUAAUCAUGCUGUUCUUUUCAUAUUUCAAGGAUUUGGUAGGGAGGGAAGUUACAGUAGAAUUGAAGAAUGACUUGGCAAUAAGAGGGACUCUCCACUCUGUGGAUCAGUAUCUCAAUAUUAAGCUCGAAAACACUCGAGUCGUCGAUCAAGACAAGUAUCCUCACAUGCUUUCUGUCAGGAACUGUUUCAUCAGGGGUUCUGUGGUUAGAUAUGUUCAAUUGCCUCCAGAGGGUGUUGAUAUUGAUCUGCUUCAUGAUGCAACAAGAAGAGAAGCUCGGGGUGGCUGAUCUCUGUUUAACUGUUACAUGUUUUUGUAUGGAUAUUUAAUGUAAUUGGGUUUAGUUUAAGCAAAUAUAUUGACAGUUUAGUUGCCAUAUGUUUGUCUUGGCUACUGCUGUCGAAGGCUGAAGAAUGUUACGGCAAUUCUAUUGACCCGGAAAUUGGCCGUGUAACUUGCUCAAUACGAGCAAUUUGCAUGCUUGUGUAAAACUAUUGUCGAUUUGUAUGCAUGUCAAAAGAAACUUAUAACUUUGUUUCUCA